AUGGCGCAGGAAGGCGCGCCGGGAGAACGUCUCCAAAACACAAUGGACACCGUCGGUCCAAGCGAAACCACCCAGUUUACACAAGAGGGGGUAUUAGCGCCCGAGAGACGACAAGACGAUGACCCAGCCACGAUAACCAGCGGUCAACUGGGCCACGACGAUUCGAACGCUUCCUUCAACCUCCCUCCCUUGCCUGAUCACGAUGGCAGCAGUCUUUUCCCCCUAUCCGGCGAGGACAGCGAUGGAGACCGAGUGGACGAUCAAACAUCGAUAGAGGAGGGAGAAAUGCGAAGGAAGCUGAUGGACAUGGAAUCCAGUUUCUUACCUGAGCCCUCAACGAUCGACAUUGCCGCUACGAACCCGACCGCCGGCAUCGACGACACAUACUUGGUAGGAGUGCUCGUGGAGAAUGGGCUUGAAUCCAACAGACCGGAUCAUACAGAAUCAUGCAUGCUUGUGCCCGAUGGAUCUAGUCACGAUUUCGCCCGGUCCAACGAUGGGGCCUCAACAAUCCCACGCACCCCCAACUUGAGGCCCGAAGAGCACACCGCCGACGACUUGGUGACUACGCCUGCCGCUUCACCAGACCGACAUGAAGAUAACACCACGAUGAUUGAAAUGGUUCACUCAUCCCCCGCAGCCGAAGCAGCGGCAAGGACCGUAAACCGCAAUCUAUCUACGACAGCCGAGGCUGCUUGCAAAGCCAGCCAGACUUCGCAUAACGAGUCACUCGGGAAGUCUUCCAUGCCUACAACCCUGGACCAAUCGCUACAGCCAGCGCCUGAGGGCGCAUCGCGGAGCUUGUCACCGGCACAGUCAAGGACCCAGCACGACGGUGGUGGCAAUGAUUCCGAGCCUGUGUUGCAAACAAGCAGCCGAAGGGGAAAUCGACCGAAAUAUUUGACGAGCCGCCAAUCAGCCAAUCGACUUUCGUACUCCUCCGCAGCAAGCGCCAAUACAGAAUUGACAACUAGCGACGCGACAUUAGGUGCAGACUACGCACUUCAAUCCGGCGGUGCAACGCCCGGGAAUCCCACUACUACACAAACUGGGCAGCGUAUCAAUCUAGCUAGAUCAGUGAGUCUAGGGAGCAUGGCCUCUGGAGUUUCUAGCUAUAGUGAUGAGAAUUUCAUGGAGAAAAGAAACCCUGGUCCUACUACUAUAGAGGGGGGCCUCCAGACUCUGGACGAGGAAGACCCGCAGUCGCGGCCUGGAUCAUCCCACCCGCAGCAACCACCACGUCAAAGCCAGGAUCAUGACAAAGAAAACCACAGUCAGCCCUCAGAGAAGGAAGUGUCGGGGCUGAUGACGCCCAAGGCGAGGCCCCGAGACAGUAGUUUCCCUACAGAUACGGCCAUCGCGGAGCGCGUCAAGGAUGUAGAAGUCCCGAGUACGUUCGUGAGGCAAUUCCGAGAAGAUUACGGUGGCCGCGGACUGUCCCCUGAGAAACGUGUCGGCACCACUCCCGCCUUUACAAGGAGUGGCCGGAGCAUGACGCUCAAGGAGCAAAGCAGCACUAUCGACCGGCUCUCCAAGGAGAAUUUCGACUUGAAAAUGCGCAUCCACUUCCUGAACGAAGCCCUGAAUCGACGUUCGGAGGAGGGGGUAAAGGAGAUGAUUUCGGAGAAUGUUGAGCUUAAAUCGGAUAAGUUGAAACUACAGAAAGACAAUCAGAAUUGGAAACGGAAGGUCCGCGAUCUGGAGAAACAGAUCAAAGAUCACCAAUCGGAUAAGGAAUCGAUGGUCAAUCAUGACCCGGAAGGUACCGACGAUGAAGACCGGGAUGCAGCGCAAGACGAAGAGGUGUCGUAUCUGCGAGAGAGGGUUGAGACCUACGAGCUGGAGAUCGAGAGGCUACGGUCUGAAAGCAUCUCCAGGGAAAGCGAGAAGAGGAGACUCGCGGAAAUGAUCAAAUCACUACGUGAUGGUAGACCGAUGGGUUCGGAUGUGGGAGCAAGGGAGGAGCGGGAUAUGUGGAAGGACAUGCUUGAAGCGGAGACCGCAUCCCGUGAACAAGCUGAGGAGGAGAAUAAGAGGCUACGCGACGAAGUCCUUCGUCUGAAGGGCGAAAUGAGCCUGGCCAUGGUCCCCGCAAGGAUAGGACAGCGCGACCGGGUGGGCUCGAUGGCUUCAUAUUUCGGGGCCUCGGAGAGGGAUGCGAAUCGCAAUAUAACGACAGGCAGCUCCUCGAGCUCAACGAUAGUGAUGGAACUGGAGCUAUUGAAACAAGAGAAUGCGGAGUUGAGGAAAGAGGUCAGCGCCCAGACUUCAAUGCUCACCUCUCGAAACAGGGAGAAAGAGCGACUUUACCAAGAAAUCGAGGAGCUAAAGAUAGGUCAACGCCGCGAACGGUCAGUUACUGGCGAGAGCAUCUUUGACCGGUCCGUGUCCCGAGCCCAUGGGAGAUCGUCCUCUCGGGCCAGCGAUGGCACCGGACCCCUUUCAAGCGACGAUGUCGAGCGUGCCGAGCUGGAGGCACGAAACGGGCAGUUGCGUGACCAGGUGUCGGAGCUCAAACUCGAAAACCAAACGUUCCGAGCGCGGCUGGACGAGUAUGUUAGGGAACUCGAGGAGAUUGACAGGGCAUAUCAGGCGGACAUGGAUCAAGCCGAGGAGGAUCUGCAGAAUCUACAGCAAGAGCGAGACCAAGCGCUGCAAAUGGCAGACGAACGCGAUGCUGCAUUCCAAGAUCUCCGGGGUGAAGCCCAGGAGGAGUUGGACGCUCUCGGAAGCGAGCUGGAUCAGAAGAUCGAAGAAUGCCAACGACUGAGCGUGGAGCUGAGGUCCCAGGACGAGAGCCUCCGAGCUCUACAGGCGGAGAUGCGCUCAGCCAGCGAGGGCAUUCUUCGACUAGAGGAGGACGCGCAAAACAACCUUCGACGUUACGAGGCCGUGCAAAAGGAGCUCAAAGAAUGCAACCGCGAUAUGGAGUCACUGGAAAAGGAGCUCUACGAAGCCAACAUCAAGGUCCAGCGUCUCACGGUCCAGAUCGAGUCGAGCCAAAAUGAGAUCGCUUUCUUACGAGAGGAGCAGGACAGCGACAAAAUCAAGAUUGGGGACCUGGAAUUGGACCUCAAGACCUACAGCAUAAGUCUCCAGACCGAGAAGGAAAAGACCCUGGAGCUAGAAGAGCGCCUGGCGGAGGAGAGACACCAGCGCGAGGUGGUGGGAAGCAAGGAGAAACAGGAGGUGCAGCGGAUCGUGAACGAAUUGAAUCGCGAGGUGUUGACAGCCAAGGAAGAGGCCCGAAAGCUCAAGAAGAGCCUGUCGGCGCAGGAGAUCGAAACCAACACCUGGCGGGAUCGACUGGUGGAAUUGGAGAACAACCUUCGAGAAACGCUGGGAGACCUGACCGGCAGCCGGUCCAGCUUGAUCUCCAACAUAACGAAGCUGCAGAAGGAAUUCGAAUCGACGGCCCUGGAACUGGAAAGCGUCCGAUCCACUCUAGAAGAGAAGGAAUCGCUGCUGCGAAACCGGGAUGCCCUACUGGAAACCCACGCGCUGGAGACUAAGAGGCUGUCGGAGCUGCUGGAUCAUGAACGUAUCACGCGCCGAGCGGACAAGCAAUCGUUUGACCAAUCGCUCAAGUCUCAUCACCAGGCGUCGCGGACCAUCACGCAAAGCAACUCGCGCAUCUCGGAGCUGGAAAGUGCCCGAAGUCAGGAUCGCAAGCGGUUCGCCAGCCUGGAGCAACAGUUCAAGGAUCAACUCAGCGAGCGCAACUCGUUGCUGCUGACCAUCUGGAAGCGGCUGUCGCUGAUGUGUGGGCCGGACUGGGCGCAUUCCAACAGUCUGAUUAAUGGAAAUCUUCCCAGCCAAGAAGUCAUCGGCAACAUUCUUUUCUGGCCCGGUUUCAGCCGCAAUCUCCUGCUGGCCGUCAAGACGGUUGAGGCCGUGGUGUCUGGCUUCAAGAGUCGCAUCAAGAGCGUCGAGCGCGACCUAUCCAAGCAGUAUCAGGUUUUGGAGCAUGCCUGCAGCGUGCGAUUCAAGCGGGUGGAGCGCAUGGAGGAGUCCCUGAUGAACAUGCGCGCCCAACGACACAGCCGCGGCCACUCCGGCUCUUCCCCGGAGGUGGCCAAGCUCCGGGGUGAGAACCGCCUGCUCAAAGCCGAACUGAACCUGCUGCAGCCCCAGUCGCGCCCUCGCGCCCCGGCCUCGGCUGCCGCAGUGGCCGCCGGAAUGAGAUCCAACUCUCCCCAGGAUCCCCCUUCGCAUGCGUCGCGGAGCCUCACGCGGAGUGUCGCCACGGGGAUCCCUCGGCCAUCGAAUGCUUCCACGCCCCUGGACGAUGCAGGUGCCGUGAUCCAUGGCUCUCGCUCCCGACCCGCAGCGAGCGAUCCGGGACAGGACGAAAAGUGGAUCCGCCGCCUGCAUGAACUCGAGAAGCGAUUGAAGGCAGAACGGGAGGCUCGUUUAGCCGACCGUACGGGAGCCCGCCAGCGGCUUGAAGAGCGCGAUGCUGAAAACGAGAGACUCCGGUCCCAGCUGGAAAGGCAGCGCGUGCAGAAAAGCAUUUCCACUGCCCCCAGUGAAGACGGGGUGGGUCAACCUCGAGGGCAAAAAUAUGAGGACUUGAGCUCCAGUGAAGGUGAGGGGAUUUGUGUUGAUAUCGAAGUUUGA